ACGGACAUUUUCAUCCGCCAUUUUCUUUGCGACGCCAUUCCGUGAUCUGACAUCACUUCCUUGUUUAUCCAACCUGUCGGAGGAGGAGAAAAUUGUGAAUUGGUCCAUCGGCAAAUGAGAUCAGAAAAUCUAUGAAAACAUCGGAGAUUUUAUCAACUCAACCAUUUACAUUAUUGGAAUAAUCAAAAUCUAUUAAAUAAUGACAGACGACAACUGAACGAAGAAAACAUUUCAUAUAUUUAUCAAUCCCGAUAAGAAAAACAAUCAAAAUGGGAAACAUGAGAAUUAACAACAGCUUGUAGGAGCUAAGAACUCUAACUUCACAUUUCAAAUAUCAAUGCUAAAUUACAGACUGGUGUCGACGCAUUUUCUGAAGCAACCAUAAAUUGCGUACGGGACGUUUUUUAUUAGACUAUAAGUGACGUCACUAAACUAUGUGCCGCGAUCGAGAUAUGCCAGUGCAGAGUGAUAUAAUCAAAUAAAUUUCAUUAAUAAACUAGUUGUUAAAUUCGUGUGUAGAUUUAAGUGUUCCGUCAAAACGGCGCGCGUUUAUGAUUCGCCGUUACGUUUUGUUUCUUUCAUUUUGUUUUACAUCAAGGGAUAAGCAAUAGUUCAUUUGCUCUGAAAGCGGUCGUGGAUCGUGGAAGGGGUUUUGCCCAAAAGCGGGCCCCAUUCGACCCUGGCCAGCCGGAGAUACAAUUUUUCUAGAAUCUUGGACACCAUUGUAGAGGCUGCAAGAUACUGUAUUAAACGCAUUUCGGCCGAAAACUUUUGGAAAUUGAGGGAUUUAGUUACACGUGUUAACUUUGCCUGAAGCGAUCAUGAUACUGUUGGAAAUAACUCAGUGCGAGCGGGAGCGGGAGCGGGACAAGACGGAAGAUAUGGCGGCGCCCGAGUGCGAGCGAGAGGCACGCAAGCGACGCGAGCGCCGCGACUCCGGCUGCGCGCACGAACGCAAGGAGCGCCGUCCGCACAGCGAAGAGCGCGCCCCGCCCCCGCCGCCGCUGGACCCGAUGCCCCCGCCGCCGCCGCUGCAUGACCACAACCGCAUCGAGUCGGAACGUCGUGCAGAGCGUCUGUCCCGCGCACGACGUCCUCAGCAGGGAGGCAAGCGUCGCCGCCCUCCCGCGCGCAUACCACGACAACCCAAAGAAAACGAGAUCUUCCAUGAUGAUUUCCGCUGCAUCACACCACCGCAAUACGAGUAUCUCGUUCCAAAACCAGAACUGGGUGAGUUGGAGCGCGUGGAGACAGUCGGUCGACACGAGGAAGUGGAGCACGCGCGGCGCAACGAGCGCAGCGUUGCUCCGCGUCGAGUUCAGCCCACUGCAGACCGGCGGCUUGACAAGAUCAAUAAGAAGAUAAGUGUGUUAAAGAAGAACAUUACAAAGUAUGAGAAUGAGUACGAAGUUCAGAACGGUCGCUCGAUCACGCCGAGUGACCGCAUCACCGACGUGCAACUGACGCGAAUGCAUGAAACUCUACGCAAGCUACAAGCGGAAAAGCGCUGCAUAAAAACAGAUCCCUUAGAGUACGCACUUAAAGCUAAAGCUGCUAAACAACAGAAGGAGAGAGAUGCGAAGCUGGAUGCAGCGCUUAACAGCGAUAAACCGAUGUCAGAACUCGUCCGUGAUAUUGAAGAGUGGCUGCAGGGUUGUCGUGAGUUGGACGGUCGAUCUGCGGUGAAUGAGACGCGGUGGUCGGGCGCGCAGCUGUCGGCGGAGAAGCUGUGCGUGCAGCGCGCGCUGCUGCGGCUGGAGGCGGCGCGCGGCCGCCCGCCCAUGCACUCCGCGGAGCGCGGCGCCGCACGCCAUCUCUACGAGCGGUACCGAGCUGUUAAAAGGGCUCUUGCUGCAGCACGCAAUGACCCUAUAAUCGGCAAUAACGGCGAGCUGGCGACCAUCCACGAGCACGAGGCUAUUGUGUUCAAUAGCAGCUUGGACAGCUCCAGCGACUCUCAGGAGCGCGGCACCGACUCCUCCCAGCAAGACACAACAGAUAUCAUAGACAACGUGCAGUCGUUGCGGUACCGAGAGGUGCCUGAGGUGCGCGAGGUGUAUGAGGUCCGUGAGGUCCGUGAGGUGCGUGAGGCGCGCGAGGUGUGCGAGGCGGGGGAGGGGAGCUCCGCGGGGGAGGAGAUGCGGUCCUCCUCGAGCGCGCAGUCUGCCGCCAGCGACGACCAGGCCAACGCCGGCCUGCACUGCCUCGGACUUGACGACCUCACGCGCGCGCUCGCCGACGCCAAGCUGCACAAGUGUGUGCUGCGUCGCGGCAUCAAGGAGUAUGAGGUGAACUUCGAGCAGCAGCACAGCAGGAAGCUGCAGAAGGACGACAAGAAGGGCAACGAGGAGGAAUACAUCCGCUACAAGGAGUUGAAGGCCAAGAUCAAGCUUCUCAACGCACUUAUAAACAAACAGAAGACCAAGGUUUAAACCAAACGGUUAUUGUCCUUUGAAUAUCGCAUACGAUAUAUAUGUCACAUUUUCUUUAAUAAAACAAGAUAUAUAUAUGUCA